CCCCUAUUUCCUGGGUAUUGCAAAUUAAGCGCAUGCGCAGAGUUGAGCUUCGAAACACUCCCUUGCAUUCAUGGAGACCAACAGAUGUGGGCGUGGCACGUGGUCCCAUUUCACAAGCAUCGGUCCGCGACGGCAGUCAACUUCCAGCGAAAUCUCAGUCUCCAACACAAAGCCAGCUAUAGUUUCUACUGUGUUACCAGAGUUGACGUCCCGUACAAACUCAAGACCAAAGAUGAAACCAUUUACCACAGCUCUCCUUGCGAUUGUCGCCACGUUGUUUGUGAUGACUGAUGCAGCUGUGCCCACAUGUCCCCAGUUUUUGACUUACGACGACACCAUGUACUCCAUUUGCCUCUCCAAGGAUAAUUACGGGUACGACGGUGCGUGGAAUUAUUGCCACACAAUAUCCGCCGAUAUGUGUACUCUUGUACAGCUGGCGGAGCUCUACCGGUUGGGCACCAGGGACGACCACUGGGGGCGCAUUGCUACCAUCGGCAAAGAAAGGGACGCCCGACUUUCGCCCUGCGGUGAUUACAAAGGAAGGGAGUGCUACAACAACGUCGCCGACGAGCCGUAUUUCCCAAACACCCCCAGACCAAACUGGUAUGAACAGGUGUACUGCUGUAAGAACGCCAAGUGAAGCUGCGGCUCUAUUUACGGUAUCGACAGAUUUCGGCAAAAAAUGGCAAUUCUGCGGUUAUACUUUUUAAGUUACAUUAAUUUUACAUUUGGUUCUUUUUUUCACUGUUGAGAACAAGGCUGUCAUAACAAUCAAAGGGCCCGGCUAUUUUGGUCUGUCUCACAGACAGGGGAGGAGUUCUCCCUUCCGAACCCAGUUGCCGGGAUCGUUUUGAAACUUGUCAUGGGUAUGUAAUGAAGUUUGAAUUUAAAUAAUGGGUUUUGAUUGCAAAUUCAAGGUUCAUGAUCUCAAAUGUGUCGACCCGCGUGCGUUGAACAUGUAAUGAAAAGAAUGUGGAUUUAAGGUGGCUGUUCAUGUCUCGGAAAUACGCGUUGCGAGAGGACGGGGUGUCCGAUUUUCUGGGUGUUUAAAAUAACUGCAAGAUCGAUGCUAGUGAAAAAAACUCUUAAGGCUCGGCAGGUGAACAGUGCACUAUGAUCAAACUAGAGAAAAUGUUGAGGGGAGGAUUCUGACCCAGGCUCUUUUAAUCAUUAAACCUACUCGUCUAUCACCGUCCCUUUAUGGAUGCUGGAAAAAUUGAAUAAUCAAGAGUACUGGUGCAUCUGAUUUGAACAGAGAUACUCUCAAUUAAAGCGUAUAUAUUGAAUUCAUUUUUGUAUUGGGUUUAUACUUAAAUUAGAGGACAUUAUUAUUAUACUUUGUUUCCUUAACUUUUUCUUGGUUCCUGUGUUUUGCAAAAAGGCCUUAACACGUUGAGUUCACUUCCGGUACCUAGAACUUAAACAGAUUUCUUUUGUAAUUUGAUCUGUAAGAUUUUUCGUGUUAGGUAUGUUGUCUAGUCUAACACAGUGAGAUUAACAAUGAUUGCUUUAAGUUGUUGAGGUUGACUAGCUUACAGUUUUCGGCGAGGCGUGAACUAUUAUUACUGACGAUUACUAUAUUAAGAAAUACUAAUAUUUGGAGCUAACGAUAUAUGAAAUAAAAAUGGCAUGCAAGUAAUAA